AUGUCGUCUAAGCGGCGGAUUGGUCUAGUUGAUCUUACUGGAGAUAGCCCACUAUCUCCAAGUCGCAAGAGCUCCAAAGCGCCUACCGAUGGCCAGCAGCUGAGGGCGAGCCAAAACUCCAUAGACAUUGCUCAAGGCGAGCCGAGCACCCAGAUGGAGCGGGAUGAAGAACUAAACGCAAUGCAGACAGCCCAGGAUUCCCAGGAUCUCGAUGACGUAGCAUAUCUAACGUCUGAACUUUACGGCCACCUUCAAACAAAGAUAGUUGGCGUGAGAUUCUACAAUGGCCAUGCUACGUAUGGCGAAUGUGUCCUUAUCAAAAGGGAAGCCACCAACAAGUACGACAGUAAUGCUGUCAGAGUUGAUAAUGUCAUGGGCCACCAAAUAGGUCAUCUACCUCGCGUGCUAGUGAGCAGACUUGCUCCUUACAUGGACUCGAAUGAGUUGCUAGUGGAAGGCACACUAUCUGGUGAAAUUGGAGCAUAUGAUUGCCCUAUUACACUACGGUUGUUUGGGACAAGUGAACCGGAAGCAAGGGCGCAGCUAAUAGAGAAGAUGCAGCGUGACAAAUUGCCAAUUGGUGCCGCUAAAGCCGAAAUUAGAAAACUAAAACAAGAACAGGCAAAGAAGGCCAAAGAAGAUGCUGCAAGGAUUCGCGCAAAUGCAAAGGUACUUGCUCGAGAAAAGAAAGGGGACAUCAUGUUUGCGAAUCUUUCCCAGGGCACAGAACCGACUCAACAAACUGAAAGUUUGGAUGAGCUUCUUUCUCAAUCCAUUACAUUUAACCCCCGAGAAACAGAAAAGAUUGUUGAAAAGUUUGGCAUGGAUGAAACGGAACUGUCGCAGAUGCCAAUGGCAGAUUGCCCUGCUCAGCUCUCUACGAAGUUGCUCCCUUAUCAGCGACAGGGGCUCGCCUGGAUGCUUGACCGCGAAUCCCCUAGUCUUCCAAAAGAGGGUUCGGAUGAAAUAGUGCAGUUAUGGAAGCGAGUCGGCAAGAGAUAUAUGAAUAUUGCGACAAACUACUCCUCUUCAAGUGCACCACCGCUUGCAAGUGGCGGUAUCCUGGCAGAUGACAUGGGCCUUGGUAAAACGAUACAAAUUAUCUCACUCAUCUUAGCUAAUUCUACACCUAAAACCCCCAAGUCCUCCAAGACCACUUUGAUAAUUUCCCCUCUUGGUGUUAUGAGCAACUGGAGGGAUCAGAUUGCCGCCCACAUCUUUGACGAGCAUGCUUUGAGCGUUCUGACAUACCACGGCCCUGGUAAAAAGGAAGCAGCUAACCUAGCUAAAUAUGAUGUAGUCAUUACAACAUAUGGCGCCCUUGCCUCGGAAUACGGACAGCUACUAGGGGCAACUGGAAAGCUGGCAAAAGCCAAGAAAGGCUUAUUCUCAGUACACUGGCGCAGGGUGGUUUUAGAUGAAGGCCAUACAAUCCGCACACCAAAAACGAAGGCAGCGCGUGCGGCUUGUUUGCUCGAGGCAGACUCACGCUGGUCACUUACUGGUACCCCCAUUGUCAACAACCUAAAAGACCUGUACUCUCAAGGAAAGUUUAUCAGGCUAUCUGGAGGAUUGGAGGAUCUCCCAGUUUUUCACAGUGCACUAAUCCGGCCUCUGAAUGCCGGUGACGAGAAUGCAAGUCUCCUACUUCAAGCCUUGAUGGCUACCAUCUGCUUGCGACGUAGGAAAGAUAUGAGUUUCGUAAACCUACGCCUUCCGCCAAUGGAAUCUCAUAUUCUCCAUGUUAAAUUUCUUCCUCAUGAGAAGGAGAAAUACGAUAUGUUUGAGGCCGAGGCUAAAGGAGUCUUCAUGGAUUUCCGUUCAAAUAAGAAGGGAAAAUCCACAUAUUCUCAUGUCCUUGAGGUUCUUCUACGACUUCGUCAAGUCUGUAACCAUUGGAAGCUUUGUCACGAUCGCGUGAAGGGACUUAUGGACCUCCUCGAGAAAGACAAGGUGGUUCAGCUAACUCCUGAAAAUAUGAAGGCGCUUCAAACUGUCUUGCAGUUAAGGAUUGAGAGCCAGGAAGAGUGUUCCAUAUGUCUCGAAAGUCUUAAUAAUCCGGUCAUCACGCCCUGUGCGCAUUCAUUUGACUACUCUUGUAUUGAGCAGGUAAUUGAACUGCAGCACAAAUGCCCUCUCUGCCGUGCUGAGAUUAAGGAUUGCUCGGCUCUGGUAUCACCUGCUGCAGAGCUGGGUGAGGACUCGAACGAGGUUGAAGUUGACUCAGAGUCUACAAGCAGUAAAAUCCAAGCUCUUAUCAAAAUCCUGAUGGCGAAGGGCCAAGUUCUAGGAACGAAAACCGUGGUUUUCAGUCAAUGGACCUCUUUCCUCGACUUGAUAGAACCUCAGCUCUCCUUGAAUAAUAUCAACUUCGCUCGAAUUGAUGGAAAGAUGAAUUCUGCCAAGCGUGAUGCUGCUAUGCGCAAACUAACCCACGACCCAGAAUGUACUGUUAUGCUUGCCAGUUUGAACGUGUGCAGCGUGGGUCUUAACUUGGUAGCUGCCAACCAGGUUAUUUUGGCUGACAGCUGGUGGGCACCGGCUAUUGAAGACCAAGCCGUUGAUCGUGUAUAUCGCCUCGGCCAAACACGUCCUACAACCAUUUGGAGACUUGUGAUGGAAGAUAGUAUUGAGGACCGGGUUCUUGAUAUCCAAAAGGAGAAGCGAGAGCUUAUGACCACUGCUUUCCAAGAGAAGGCUGGCCCCAAAGACCAGGCGCAGAGAUCUAGGCUGGCUGAUCUAGAAAAACUAUUUCGGUGA